AUGAAUCAUGUAUUCAGUUAGCACUAUGAUUUGUCUCACAAAUAAGUUGGUACAAACAAAAAAAUAAAGAAAAUGAAGUCAAAAGCAAUAAAUUAGAAUACAUCCAAUCAUUAGAAUGUGUCUCCUUCAUAAAAUGAUGAAGUUAAAUAUCUAUUGGAGUUGACUUGCUCUAAGGAUGUAGAGAAAAAAUAAUAAAAUGAACAUUCUAGACCAUCCAAAAGAAGUUCUUGUUUAAUGGGCUAUUUGGAAAGUGAUGUAUUUAACAAUUCUUUCAAAAUUGUUUCAAUAUAGCAAUAAAAACAUGAAAUAAUAGUAAAAUGUAUACCUUUUAAGGAAGCUAAUUUACUUGAUAUCAAGAAAGACUUUCCAUUUUAUAUAAAUUUAGAUUAGGUUUCUACAAAUAUAUAUAGUUAUGAUACACAAAGAACAUUAGAAUGUGUAUAAUAAAAAGAAGUUCCUUUAGAAAAAUUUGAAUUCAUCAUAAAUCCUAAUCAAAAUAUUAUUGGUUGUCUUCGAAUAGUAAAUGAUUCCUGGUUGAAAAUGUUUGGUAUAAAUUAAGACAUGAUGAUUCAUAACUUACUAAGAAAUUAGUCAUUUCCAUUUGGAUGGGGCUUGGAAAAUUAAUUUAUAUAAAAUUAGAUUUCUAAUACAUUUUCUAAUAAAAAGUUGAGAGUUUAGUUAGUUUGUUAUAAUGGUUCAAAAUUCAAUGCAGAGAUUUAAGUAAGAUCAGAGAUUGAAACAAAUUCAAAAAAUUAAUUUAUUUAAAGAUAUUUAAUUUAAUACUUUAUUAAUAGAGAGAAUUUGAGUUUAUCGCAAGUUGAAUAAAAUUUCCAAAUGUAUUUUCAAUUAAAAGAUCUUACAUAAGAGUUAAUGGAGAAAUUUAUAGAAUAAACAAAUAAAUAAUGUCAAAUAAAAAAAUUAUGA